CUCGGAUGAAGACGUACCCAAUCCAUUACGCCCUUGAAGAAAUGCCCGAUUCUCAGUGUCUGACAUUCUUUGAGUCAAUACAACUAUUAUUCUUGUUCCUGCAGGAUGAUGACCUUGGACAUAGCGUUGUAUACACCGCAUCACUGGCCCGAAAGCCCCUCAGCCUGGGGUUUAUCAUUGAGAAAGUCCUUGAUUUUAUAACGUAGGCUCAGCUCAUGUCGGCCGAAAGAGUAAGAGGUGAGACUCCGAUCCAACAGCUCGAACAAGAAGUUCUACAGAUCAGAAAGUUCAGAGAAACAAUGGGGAAGCCCGGUGAUCAUAAUCUCGAGGCCAGCGAGCGUGCUGCUCUCGAGUGUUUGAGAAUUUUGAAGCAGGUCCAGAAAGACUUGCAUGGCUGCACCUGUGGCGAAUGUCUCGAUGGGCUCAUUUCGCCACGCAUGAAACUCGCACUCAAGGUGCGAAGCUCUAUGAUCAAUGAUACCCUGGUAAUGGAAAAUCACGGGAAACGUUGGAUGGAGUGGCAAUCCCACAACUUCUCCCCCGUCGACCCAGAUAUUCAGAAGCUCUUCCGAAGAGAUGCUGACCUACGAGAAGCAUACGCAAAUGUGUUCAUGGCUAUAUCAAGUUGUCUUGAAGAUGGAAGUGUUCCAUAUACUUCUAACAUCCUGUGGAAAGGAAAAUACUCAAACUACCCCAUCGCUCAUUUUAAGGGUCUGGGAGACGAGGUUGGAAGUGCUUUAGGCCACUGCUUCAGAGCCGUCCAGAGCCAAGACGAAGAUGGAUCUCAUUUGGAAGCGUUCAAAGAAAAUAUCGAGAACCUAUUAAAGUGCGAAAAUGAUAGUGACUUCGAGCGAGUUCCUGAAUUGUGUGGUCUCGAUGAUGGCACAACCUGGGGCUGA